AAUUAUCUUGACUUGACAAAGGAUUUCUUGAUUUUCUGCAGAGGUUGUGCCGGCUCCUAGAACUGCUGUCACCAAAACAAAACCAGCACCAGUACCCAAACUAAGUCCAAAUCCAGUCUCAUCUCCUAGCGAAAUCGCUGUAGAACAGAAGAUGACAACCUCCUGGAAUUCAAAGGGAAAAACUUACUACAGAUAUUCAACAAUUGUAACUAACAAGUCUGCCAAGACUCUCAAGGAUCUCAAGCUUUCAGUCUCAAAGCUUUAUGGUCCUUUAUGGGGUCUCACAAAAUCUGGCGAUGCUUAUACUUUUCCAUCGUGGAUGAACUCUUUAGCAGCUGGGAAGGGUAUGGAGUUCGUAUACAUUCAUUCUGCUUCUGCUGCUGAUGUCUCAGUUUCAAGCUACACUUUGGCAUAAUUAAGCAAGAAAACCACAAAAGAGAAUGAAGUCUUUCUGAGAUUAUGACAAAAGUUUGUGCAGCAAAUACACAAAGUGCUCCUGGAAAGGUUUUUCGUUUUUUGGUUUUUUGGGGAAUUUUCAGGGUGCCAAAUGAUAGCACAGGUAAAAAUAAGGUUGAAGAUGUGAGGAUGAAAGGAGCGAAGAGAUGUUUUAAAAAAAGAGUGCUCAUCCUCUUUCUCCUCCUCUUUACUAGUUGAAUAGAUAAGAUUUGAGAGUUAAAAGAGAGAGAAGAGAAGAAAAAUGACUUCUCAAUAUAGUUUGCAAAGUGUUAUUUUCCUGUUCUAUAGAGUUAGCACUUUUAAUGUCUGUUUACUGUUUUGAAGUUGUGAUGUUGUAAGCUUUGCAGCAUUUUAUGUUUUUCCAUAUGAAUAUAGAUUUUGUAACUUC